ACCUUCUCCCCCUACACCUCGCCCUGCGUCUCGCCCAAUAACGGAGGCCCCGACGACCUGUGUCCCCACUUUCAAAACAUCCCUGCUCAUUAUUCCCCCAGAACCUCGCCAAUAAUGUCACCUCGAGCCAGCCUCGUCGAGGACAGCCGCCUGGGCCGCCACUCGCCCGUGCCCCAUCCCGCCUCUCGCUCCUCAUCUCCCGGUGCCAAGCGGAGGCAUUCGUGCGCAGAGGCCCAGGUCGCCCCCCUGCCCGCAGCCUCACCCCAGCGCUCGCGGAGCCCCUCGCCGCAGCCCCGGCCUCCUCCUCCUCCUCCCGGGGGCUCCCAAGACGACGGCACCCCCGCCGGGUACCAGCCCCCGGCUGCCUCCUCCGCCCACAUGGAUGCCCUCAACAGCCUGGCCGCCUCUGACUCGACCUGCGGCAUUCCCCCCAAGAUCUGGAAGACCAGCCCGGACCCGACCCCCGUGUCUUCCGCCCAGCCCAAGGCCGGCCUGCCCCGCCACCUCUACCCGGCCGUGGAGUUCCUGGGGCCCUGCGAGACGGAGGAGAGGAGGAACUCGGCUCCCGAAUCCAUCCUGCUGGUGCCGCCCACGUGGCCCAAGCAGCUGGUGCCUGCCAUCCCCAUCUGCAGCAUCCCAGUGACCGCAUCCCUCCCUCCACUCGAGUGGCCGCUCUCCAGUCAAUCCGGCUCCUAUGAACUGCGCAUUGAGGUGCAGCCCAAACCCCAUCACCGGGCCCACUAUGAGACGGAAGGCAGCAGAGGUGCCGUCAAAGCCCCGACAGGAGGCCACCCUGUGGUUCAGCUCCACGGCUACAUGGAGAACAAGCCGCUGGGUCUUCAGAUCUUCAUUGGCACGGCCGAUGAGAGGAUCCUGAAGCCACACGCCUUCUACCAAGUGCACCGGAUCACAGGGAAAACUGUCACCACCACCAGCUACGAGAAGAUCGUGGGCCACACCAAGGUCCUGGAGAUCCCCCUGGAGCCAAAGAACAACAUGAGGGCUACCAUCGACUGCGCGGGGAUCCUGAAACUCCGCAACGCAGACAUCGAGCUGCGGAAGGGCGAGACAGACAUUGGCAGGAAGAACACCCGUGUGCGGCUGGUGUUCCGCGUGCACGUCCCGGAGUCCAGUGGCCGGAUCGUCUCCCUGCAAACCGCCUCCAACCCCAUCGAGUGCUCCCAGCGCUCUGCCCACGAGCUGCCCAUGGUGGAGAGACAAGACAUGGAUGGCUGCCUGGUCUAUGGGGGCCAACAGAUGAUCCUGACGGGCCAGAACUUCACGGCGGAGUCCAAGGUCGUAUUCACGGAGAAGACCACAGAUGGGCAGCAGAUCUGGGAGAUGGAGGCCACAGUGGACAAAGACAAGAGCCAGCCUAACAUGCUUUUUGUCGAGAUCCCAGAGUACCGCCAGAAGCACAUCCGGACCCCCGUGAAGGUGAACUUCUACGUCAUCAACGGGAAGAGAAAGCGAAGUCAGCCCCAGCACUUCACGUACCACCCAGUCCCGGCCAUCAAGACAGAGCCCAGCGACGAGUACGACCCCUCUCUGAUCUGCACCCCCGCCCACGGGGGCCUGGGCAGCCAGCCGUACUACCCACAGCACCCGAUGCUGGCCGAGUCCCCCUCCUGCCUCGUGGCCACCAUGGCCCCCUGCCAGCAGUUUCGCUCGGGGCUCUCAUCCCCGGAUGCCCGCUACCAGCAGCAAAACCCCGCAGCCGUCCUGUACCAGCGGAGCAAGAGCCUGAGCCCAGGCCUGCUGGGCUACCAGCAGCCGGGUCUCCUGGCAGCACCCCUGGGCCUGCCUGAUGCCCACCGUUCUGUGCUGGUGCAUGCCGGCUCGCAGGGCCAAGGCCAGGGUCAGGGCCAGAGCUCGACCCACCCACACACGUCCCCAACCAGCCAGCAGGCCUCACCCGUGAUCCACUACUCUCCCACCAACCAGCAGCUGCGCAGCGGGGGCCACCAAGAGUUCCAGCAUAUCAUAUACUGUGAAAACUUCAGCCCCGGCUCGGCCAGGCCAGGCCCCCCUCCCAUCAGCCAAGGUCAGCGGCUGAGCCCUGGCUCCUACCCCACCGUCAUCCAGCAGCAGAACGCCCCGAGCCAAAGAGCAGCCAAAAACGGACCCCCGGUCAGCGAGCAGAAGGAGGCCCUGCCUGCUGGGGUGACGGUUAAACAGGAGCAGAACUUGGACCAGACCUACUUGGAUGACGAGCUGAUAGACACACACCUUAGCUGGAUACAAAACAUAUUAUGAAACAGCAUGACUGUGAUCUUUGACCCAAGAAAUCAAAGUUAAAGUCAAUGAAAUUAUCAGGAAGGAGUUUUCAGGCCCUCCUGCCAGAAACCAGACAUAGAAGCCUCCAUUCUAGCAAGACACCUUCCACCUUGGACCUUGGACUCUCCGCUCGUGGCCCCCUCCGUCACCUCUGGCUGGAACUGUAUGUGCAGGCCCAGCGCCGGCUCGGCUCGGCUCGGCUCGGCUCGGCUCGGCUCGGCUCGGUGUGGGAGCCUGCUUCCUCUCUCGAGCACAUUCCAGUCGAUUCCCAUGAAACAGCAAGUGCCUGCUGCCCAAACCUGCAUCCAGAACGCGACAGGAUGCUGGAACUUGCCUGAGCCCUGGGGGCUGGGAAGAGGGACAGAACUGCAGGUGCUGGGAUGGGACCCCAGCCCUUUGGGAUCAUUUUCUGGCUUGCAGAAAUGACUCCUAUCCCUCUUGAAGACGCGUUCCCAGACACAGCAACCAAAAGAAUGUGGCCCAAGGGCCAGCUUACAGCUAAGGACACCUAGAUCUUUGUAGGGACAGAAAGUAGACUAUGGUCCAUGCCCUAGCCGGGCACCUGCAAAAGCUUUAUUUUGGAAUUUCCUCCUUCCAAAGCCAAACUGCCUUGUCCAGACGAGAGGACCUGUACCAGCUCCUUGGUGUUAAGUGAUGACACGUGUGUAUGAUUGUGAGCUUCUGCUUUAUUAUUUUUCUGUGCCUCAGAGAGCUGGCCAAGGGCGCUGCGGGCCGAGCCCUCCUGGCCAGCUGCUCCGUACCCCUGCCGCCUGAGCUAACGCAGUGCUCGGGACUGGGGGAGCCAACGCAGGCUGCUGAGCGCGCCCACCAGGCCAUGCAGUCCGCACUCACAGCUUCCCAAGGCUCCCCCGCCCCGCCUUCCUCCUAUCCCUCCUCCCAGCCCCUCCUCCCCACAGGAGGCAAGGAGGAUUUCCAGCCUGUGCAUUGACUGUGGCAUAACCUCCAAAGGGGCGAUGCAGCCAGAAUCAAACACGUGAAACCAUGUGGGUACUUUUGUUAAACCCACCCAAGGACUUCUG